AAAAGAUUUUUUUUUAAAAAAAAUUGACUUGGCCCGGCCCGAUCCCGGUUUAAACUCGGGCCGGUACCGCGGCUCAGCCCAAACCCCAGUACCGCCCAAACCCGGGCCCGAUGCACAACCGACUUCUCUAUUCAAUCAAGUCAGUGGCUUUAGGGUAGGCAUGGUUCGGGCCGGGCUCCGCCGCUCCGGGCUUGGGUGGGCUCUGGGUCCAAAAUAUUCAGACCCGGUACUGGCCCGGGUUAGUACUGGGACCGGGCUGGGUUGGAUUCCAAAUUUUCUUUGGAAUGAAAAGCUCAGGCUUGAACCACUGGAGGAACCCAUCAAGCAUAUACUACCUCCGUGGCUCCGUCCCUUAAAACUUUGCCAAGUUUGACCGGCACAAGAAUUAAUAAAGUAAAAAUUGUGUGGUUGAUGUUUGUGUAGAGGAGAGAGAAUUAACUGGAACCACAAAUUUUUUUCAUUGAAAGAGAAAGUGGCAAAGUUAAUGGGACAUCCAAAAAAUGAAAGUUGACAAAGUUUUAAGGGACGGAGGGAGUAUGUGACAUGCCUCGAGACAAAUAAUAGGAAUUAAGCACCAAAGGGACGGACCAGAUGAGCGGUGGCAGUCGUGCCGGGAGCGACGAGGACGAUGAUGAGGUUAGCUACAAUGAGCAAAGGGGAAACAAAGUCCAUGAAGAAGGAAACAAACAGGAUUGAGGAGAAGCGAGAGUAAAGACGGGAAGUUGUCUUCAAGAAAAAAAGGAAAAACAAAUAAAGAAGAUGUGAAAGUCUCAAAGAAAUAAACUAAAUUAUAAUAAAAAAACUUAAAAAGCCACAUGGAAAAUCAAACUAGGUAGUUAACUGGAAGAUUUGUUCGUUACCUGAUGAACUGCUCAAUUGGGUGUUUCAUAAGAGUUUGAGGAUUCAAUUGAUUGAUUUUAAAAUAGGAAGACCUAAUUGACUUUUUGACUAUACUACGAGGACUUAUUUGACAGUAUUCCCAUUAGAUUUAUUCAAAUAACAUAAUCUAUUUUACAUUCAAAGUGAUUAUUUUUUUGAAAGAUUCAAAAAAAUGCCAAUCCAUUUUGCAAAGAUUCAAUUCUUUAAAAUGCCAAACAAGCCCUUUAGCUAAACUUUGUAUCCAAUCAAGUCGCG